AUGCUCGUCAGCUUUUCGACUACAAUUCUCACUCGUGUCAUCAAGUCAAUAACAAUGUUCGGGAAAGCAUUUAUCGUCAAGGCAUUCGCCCCUCGAUACAUCAUCUACACGGGAGUCUACAUCAUCCCGGCAUGGACACGUAAUAUCCCAGUCGGGGAUAAUGUGAUGGGUGCGAUCAUGUCGAUGUUUGGUAUCAUCAAAACUGUGCCGGAAACAGAGAUCAGCUAUUACUACAAGUUCCAUAAGUCCAGCUACUACGUCGUUUGCAAUGCAAUGAGUCUGUAUUACAACGAUAGUAUCACAGGAAUAUCAUCAAGCCCAAGCUGCAUGAGUCUCGAAAUUCAAGGCUGGAAUCCGAUGCGCAGCUUACUUGCGCCCAAGUUUGUGCUUGGAAGCGGGAGCAUGGGUACUUCUACGGCCCUCAUAUUGGGCAGUGACACGACUUCCUUGCCGACCACCGUAGUGACGACGUGCUGA